GGCUACUAUUCAACUGCUACAUAGCUCAACCAUCAGGCUUUACUGACGUGGAAGCUUGUUAUUUGAUUUUUUAUCAUCUAUCACUUAUUUUUUUAACUUUUUAUUAUUACAACUAUGGGAAAAGACAUUUCGCUAUUAGAGGAAAUAAGUAAUAAAUUAACUGAAAAAACACUACGAGAUAUUUUAGUUAAAAAAACGGGAAAAGAAUCAGUUGAAGUGACAGGAUGGGAGUUUGAACCUGGAUCGAAUAAAGGUGACAACUACUUAUCAAUUGUGUAUAGAGUGACAAUUGAUGGAAUAGUUGAUGGUGAGAAUAUUCAUACUAAAGUUGUGAUUAAAGGUUUGCCUCAUAAUGAGGCAACAAGAAAAACAUUUAGGAGUGCUGAAUUUUUCAGUAAUGAAGUUAAUUUCUAUGUUAAGGUAAUUCCAAAAAUAGACGAGUUUUUGAGGUCUAAAAAUGUAAACUAUAAUUUACCAGUUCCAAGAUGUUUUGGGUGUUAUUGUGAUGGAAAACAUGAUUACGUGAUUCUUGAGGAUGCUAGAGAACUAGGUUAUGGACAUAUCCCUCGACAUGACAUAUGGACACCUGAAGAUAUUCAAAUAAUAUUAAGAUGCCUGGCACGUUUUCAUGCUGUUUCAUUCGCUUACAAGGAUCAAUACCCAUCAGAAUUUGAUGAGGUUGUGAAGAAUCUCAGUGAAACUUAUUAUGAUGAAAGAAAUUGGAGCUGGUAUGAAACUUGGUUUACUAAUUGUAUAGCUGUAGCUAAAGAUGCCGUUUCGAAAGAAUAUAAAAAUACUCCAGAAGCACAAAAAUUCUUAUCGCUAUCAUCCCGAGAUCUAUGGGAGAGAGCAACCAAAGCCAUAGCAGAUAAAUCCAUAUCAAUAGUAACCCAAGGAGAUUCAUGGCCAUCAAACUUUAUGGUUUGCAUAACUGAAGAAAAACGAGAAGCUUUAAUGUUAGAUUUUCAAUUAGCAAGGUGUAAUACUAUUAUUACAGAUGUAUCAAAUUUUAUAUAUACUAGUACGGACAAAGAAAUACGCGAUAAACACUUAGACAAUUUGCUGAAGUAUUAUUACGAACAACUUUCCAGCUCAAUAGCUCUUUUAGGUACAGAUCCUAACAGAGUAUUUCCAUGGGAUGUGUUCAUGAAAGAGGUAAAAGAGAAAUUUGUUAUUGGAUAUUCUUUCUCAUUAGAAGGUCUACCAGUGAUGAUGCUAGACGAAUCUGAAGUAUGUGAUAUCGAAGUUAUAGAGGGAACAGAUGGAGUAAAUAUUGCUGAAGUAUGGAAAGUUGUACCAUUAAAAUCCAAAGAAAAACGACAACGACUUGCCGAUAUGGUUGUUGAUGCCUUUCAACGAGGAUUUAUAUAGAAAAUAUUUCAUAAAACUACCUGAAAUUGAGAGUAUUAUUAUAGAUCUAUUGACAGUUUCAAAAUAAAUAAUUGAUUUAAAAAA